GGGAGGUCAAAGGUUGCAUGCAAAAUGGCUGCGUGCUACGGUGGAAAGAGCGUUAAAGUCUAAUAGGUGCAAGUUAAGAGUGAAAGGAGCCAAGUGUCAAGUGCAGUAGAAAACGUCGACACGCUGCUUUUUAAUUAAUGCACAAUGCAUAGCUAUAUAUAAUUUAUAUUUUUUAUGCAUAGAAAUGCAUUAUUAUCCAUGCAAUUUUAUACGUGAAGCUAGCUUAGCUAGCUAGCCAACAACCAUGCAUGUAGGAGUUACCAGCUAGAGCUGGCUAUAUAACACUAGCGCUUAUCUGGAUUUUAAUUUAAUUUGUCGUUAGUGUACACGUAGCUAAUACUAUCCAGUAGCUUUGCCACUUGUGAGCGCUUGCUAGCAAUGUAAUGUUAGCAGGCUGGCUCGCUAUCCAGCGAGUAAGUCUACGUCAGUGAGUUAGAAUUUGGAAAACAAAGCAGUCAUUAUUUGAACGUAUUUUCUCGUGAUUUCAAAAAAUCCGAACGGACAAAGUGCACAUUCCGUUGUACACUGACAUUCUUAUGAACCGCAAGCAUGAACCGAAAGAAAGACAAGGGAUUUGAAAGUCCUCGUCCUUACAAAUUAACCCAUCAGGUGGUCUGUAUAAACAACAUUAACUUUCAGAGAAGAUCUGUGAUUGGAUAUGUGGAGCUGACUAUUUUCCCAACGGUGGUGAACCUUAACCGCAUCAAACUCAACAGCAAGCAGUGCAGAAUAUACAGGGUUCGAGUCAAUGAAUUGGAGGCCCCAUUCAUUUACAAUGACCCUACACUGGAAGUUUGUCACCAUGAGUCCAAGCAGAGAAACCUUAAUUACUUCUCAAGUGCAUACACAGCGGCCGUUAGCGCCGUGGACCCUGAUGCCGGGAAUGGCGAACUAUGCAUCAAGGUUCCCUCAGAGCUAUGGAAACAAGGAGACGAAAUGAAGGUGCUGAAGGUGUAUAUUGAAUUCUCCCUGGACCAGCCUAAAGGGGGUCUGCACUUCGUGGUGCCAGAUGUGGAGGGCAGUAUGGCUGAGAGAGGAGCCCACGUCUUCUCUUUUGGAUACCAGAAUUCCACACGGUUCUGGUUCCCCUGUGUGGAUUCAUACUCUGAGCUGUGUACCUGGAAGUUGGAGUUUACUGUGGAUGCUGCCAUGGUGGCAGUAUCUUGUGGGGACCUGGUGGAGACGGUCUACACCCAUGAUAUGCGGAAGAAAACCUUCCAUUACAUGCUGCCUAUCCCCACUGCGGCCCCCAACAUCUCCCUGGCUGUGGGGCCCUUUGAGAUCUUGGUGGACCCCUACAUGCAUGAGGUUACACACUUCUGCCUACCUCAGCUGCUGCCCUUGCUGAAGCACUCCAUGUCCUACUUGCAUGAGAUCUUUGAGUUCUAUGAGGAGAUCCUCACCUGCCGCUAUCCAUACUCCUGCUUCAAGACUGUCUUUGUGGAUGAGGCCUAUGUCCAAGUGUCGUCCUAUGCGUCUAUGAGCAUUUUCAGUACAAAUCUCCUGCACAGCGGCAUGAUUAUAGACCAGACUCCCCUGACCAGACGCUGCUUGGCUCAAGCCUUGGCCCAGCAAUUUUUUGGCUGCUUCAUAUCCCGAAUGUCCUGGUCUGAUGAAUGGGUGCUGAAAGGGAUCUCGGGGUACAUUUACGGGCUGUACCUGAAGAAGACAUUUGGAGUGAAUGAAUACCGUCACUGGAUCAAAGAGGAGCUGGACAAGAUAGUGGAGUAUGAGCUGAAGACAGGGGGCGUUCUCCUUCAUCCUACCUUCUGUGGUACUAAAGAAAAAGACAACCCCACACCUCACCUGCACUUCUCCAUCAAACACCCCCACACGCUGUCCUGGGAGUACUACAAGAUGUUCCAGUGCAAGGCCCACCUAGUAAUGAGGCUGAUCGAGAACCGGAUCAGUAUGGAGUUCAUGCUACAGGUGUUCAACAAGCUAUUGAGCCUGGCCAGCACUGCUUCGUCUCAGAAGUACCAGUCACACAUGUGGAGCCAGAUGCUGGUGUCCACCUCUGGCUUCCUGAAGUCUAUCUCCAAUGUGUCAGGCAAGGACAUCGGGCCCCUCAUCAAGCAAUGGGUAGACCAGAGCGGGGUGGUGAAGUUCUUUGGCAGUUUCGCCUUCAACAGGAAGCGUAAUGUACUGGAGCUGGAAAUCCGCCAGGAUUACACGUCCUCGGGGACUCAGAAAUACGUGGGCCCGAUUAAGGUGACAGUCCAGGAACUCGACGGGUCUUUCAACCACACUUUGCAAAUCGAAGAGAACAGUCUCAAACAUGACAUCCCGUGCCAUUCAAAAAGUAGACGAAACAAAAAGAAGAAAAUUCCUCUGAUGAAUGGAGAGGAGGUGGACAUGGACCUAUCUGCAAUGGAUGCCGACUCUCCAUUACUGUGGAUUCGGAUUGACCCGGACAUGUCCAUCCUGCGCAAGGUGGAGUUUGAGCAGGCAGACUUCAUGUGGCAGUACCAGCUGCGCUAUGAGCGGGACGUAGUGGCCCAGGAGGAGGCCAUCUCUGCCCUGGAGAAGUUCCCCACGCCCGCCUCCCGCCUGGCGCUUACUGACAUCCUGGAGCAGGAGCAGUGCUUCUAUAAAGUGCGCAUGCAGGCCUGCUUCUGUCUGGCCAAGAUUGCAAACUCCAUGGUGAACACGUGGACAGGUCCCCCUGCCAUGAAGAUCCUAUUCACCAGGAUGUUUUGCUGUAAGAGCUGCCCCAACAUUGUCAAGACCAACAACUUCAUCAGCUUUCAGAGCUACUUCCUGCAGAAGACCAUGCCAGUUGCCAUGGCAUUGCUCAGAGAUGUGCAGAACCUCUGUCCAAAAGACGUCCUAAACUUCAUUUUGGACCUUAUCAAGUACAAUGACAACAGGAAGAACAAGUUCUCGGACAAUUACUACCGCGCUGAGCUGAUCGACGCGUUGACCAACUCUCUGACCCCAGCAAUCAGCAUCAGCAGUGAGAUUCGCACAGUGGACAACCUGAACGCAGAUGUGCGCCUCAUUCUGGAGGAGAUCACCCGCUUCCUCAACAUGGAGAAGUUACUUCCAAGCUAUAGGAAUACCAUCACGGUCAGUUGCCUGAGAGCCAUCCGUAUGCUGCAGAAAACCGGCCACAUCCCCAGUGACCCUUCGCUGUUCAAGUCCUAUGCGGAGUACGGUCACUUUGUGGACGUACGCAUCGCCGCGCUUGAGGCUGUCGUGGAUUACACACGAGUUGACAGGAGUUCUGGGGAACUGCAGUGGCUGCUCAACCUGGUCCAGAAUGACCCAGCGCACUACAUCAGGCACAAGAUUUUAAGCAUGCUGGGUAAAAACCCACCCUUCACCAAAUCCACAGAAUCCUCCCUCUGCAGCGAAGCUCUGGUAGACCAGUUGUGGAAGCUGAUGAACUCAGGUACCUCUCAUGACUGGCGGCUGCGCUGUGAUGCGGUAAACCUGUACUACACCCUGUUCGGCCUCACCCGGCCCUCCUGCCUCCCCCUGCCCGAGCUGGGCUUGGUGCUCAACCUCAAGGAGAAGAAGGCUGUCCUCAACCCCACCAUAAAACCUGAAGCAGGCGCUGGCGCCGUGGAGACGGGCGUACCGGCAAACUUCCACAACCCUGCCGUGGGCUUCCCAAGCAGCAUAGAGGAGGAGCACAUGGCAAUUGAGCCGCCCCCAAGUGCUACGGCUCCGCCCCCACAGGGGUCGAAGAGGAAGGCGGAAACCCCCCUGGGGUCCCCACCAGAGCCUGGACAGGUACUGCAGGACGAGGGCCGCAGAAGAGACAAACUGCAGAUCAGAUUCAAUCCGCAAGAGGAGGAAGAUAUUGACAUGGACACAGUUCAUGACAGCCAAGCCUUCAUUUAUCACCAUCUCAACAUGCUGGAAAGACCAUCUACACCAGGUAAAGAACCGCCAUCUCUGGAGCAGGCCAUUCUAUCCAUGCCAGCGACACCCCUGCCAGUAUUCAGCAAGGAGAGUAAUUCUUCCUCCAAGCACAGUGACCACCACCACCAUCACCACCACCAUCAUGAACACAAGAAGAAGAAGAAGAAACAUAAGCACAAGCAUAAGCACAAGCAUAAGCAUGACAGCAAGGACAAGGACAAGGACAAGGAUAGGGACACCCACGGAGCAAUCAACAGCCCCGCUAGUGGCCGGUCCCUACGCUCACCCUCCCUCUCCGACUGAGGCCCAAGAGUACCAAACAUCACCCUCAAACACCUUGCUGUGCCCCUUGACCGCUUCCCAAAGCCCUCUCUUUCCCAGCCGCUGAAAGAUGGCCUUUUCCCGCCAUGUAUCCUCAAAUUUAGGGCCAUUUGGUCCCACAUCAUGCAGCACCAUGGACCACUAAGGCUUAACUGCCAUCUUGGUUGAUAAAUGACAAUUUAGAGUUUUUUUGUUAUACAAUUUUUGGCAUUGGUCUAAUCACACUCUUUUGAAUAUCAGCAUCACUGGUUUCUCUGGGCUUUCAUAAGGCCAGAGUAAUUGCAGUAAGCCAACUAAAUUGAGGGCUUACAUUUUAAGGGUGAAGGAAAAUGAAAAGUAGCGUCCACAAGAAAAAUGUUGAUCAUCUUGGCCUCUGUCCACAUCACUCUGUAAAAUUCCCAAAUAUUAUGGUUGUUGUAUUCAUGUUUUUACAUCUGAAAUCUGAAGUUUCUGUCAGUGUAAUGGACCUAAAUUGUAUUGUAAUAUAUGCAUUCAGUUAUAUUUUAUGUUCAGGCCUUGAACUUAAGACUAUUGCUAUAUUGUUAACUUUAUUUUUUCUGUACGUCCAAGAUGAUUUGGGUCAUAGGCUGGGCUGAUUGAUAUAGCACACAAACAUACUGUACAAUUUCCACUCGAGCCUUAACACAUUAUGUAUUUUGUGAGUUUCCAACCAUGCUUGAUUUUGUCCCACGUAUAUAACUUUUUUCUGUUUUUAGCAUUGUCGUUAACAUUGUUAACAGGCUCGCUUGGUUGCUGUUAUUUCUUUAUUGAGUAGAUUUUUUUUUUUUUGUAUUUCCCAUUUUACUGUCAUGAUAGAAUAAUAGCCACAUUAAACAUGGCAAUUUAACGUAUUUUUGUGUAUUUUGCCAUGAAUAUAUCUUUUAUGUAUUCCUGAUUAAUAAAGUGUUUUAUAGAUUA